AUGUCUGACGAGAGGUACCUCCUGAAUCGCGAUGCAAAAGAGUCAGCACGCCUGAUUGCUCAGCACGACUGGCUACAGACCUUGACAGGCUGCGAUAUCCAUCCUUGCAUCAAGCUCGAGGGCCCCAACCUUCGGAUCGCGGAUGUGGCUACUGGGACGGGCAUCUGGCUGCUCGAUCUGGCCAAGAAGUUGCCUGAAACAACCCAAUUCUAUGGCUUUGAUAUUUCUGAAGAACAAUUUCCGGCCACCGACAAGCGCCCUGGAAACGUGUCUCUUCACAAGCAAAACGUGCUGCAAGACUUCCCUGAGGAGUACCACGGAUCAUUUGACCUCGUAGCUGUGAGACUUAUCACGGCUGGUUUGAGACCGGAAAAUUGGAGCACUGCAGUCGAGAAUGUGACCAAGCUCUUGAAGCCUGGCGGUUAUCUGCAAUGGAUAGAACCUCUCCAUGGCAAUUUCAGGCUUUACAAUCUCAAGCCCGGGGCACCGAAUGCUGCGGCACGGACAGCCGUAGGCCAUUUCCUCACUGGAUAUAACAAUGCCAUCCCUCCCGGACCCGAGACUCUGCCGCAGCUGUGCGACAAGCACCAGCUAGAGGACCUCGCCCUCGAAGUAUACCCAACGGAUCACUAUCACGACCACGAAAAGGUCAAGACGCAAAGCAAAGACUUUCUUCGUGGCGCUUGCACCGCCAUGAUGCCGCUCAUGGUUGGUGACGAGUCAGAAGGUCGGACCAAAGAACAAAUCGAAGAGGCCUUUGAGAGAGCAGCGCAUGAGUUGGAUGGAGAUAUCUACAUUCACUCAGAGAUGCAGUUCAUAGUCAGGCGCAAACGUACAUAG